AGAAAGAAUGAUCAUAUCAUGCAUUAUACAGGUUUACCUAAUAAGGAAAUUUUCAAUAUUAUAUUUUCUAAUUGUGAUAAGGUGUUAGACAAGUAUUAUGAAGAAUGGAAUGUCACUUGCUUGGAUCGAAAAGAUCAGUUGUUGGUGACUUUAAUGAAAUUAAAGUUGAAUCCCACUCACACUGAUCUUGGUGUUCGAUUCCAAGUAAGUGAAGGUACUAUAACAAAUGUUUUUUUAACUUGGCUUUACUGUCUACAUGAGGUGCUGUACAAUUGUCUAAUGGCAAUUGUACCAACACAAGUUAAAAAUGAGUUGUGUUUGCCCUCAUGUUUUAUGAAUUUUAGGAAUUGCAGGAUGGUUAUUGACUGCACUGAUUUUUGUGUUCAAAGACCCAAAAAAAUGUCUCAUCAGCGGCUGUUUUACAGCUCCUAUAAACAUCGACAUACAAUGAAAGCUCUAAUUGGAGUAGCUCCAAAUGGUGUUAUUACUUACACUAGUGAAAUGUAUCCCGGAUCUACUUCCGAUAAAGAGCUUUUUAAAAAUUGUAAUGUUAAUAAUGUUUUUCAGCCUGGGGAUCUUGUUGUGGCAGAUAAAGGCUUCCUGAUUUCUGAUGUUGUGCCUGAUGGGGUUGCUGUGAACAUUCCACCCUUUUUAUCUGCCUCACAAUUCACCCCCAUCCAAAUUAAUAGCACUAAAAAAAUCGCUCGGGCAAGAAUUCAUGUUGAAAGAGCUAUAAGGCGCAUUAAAGUUUUUAAAAUCACAAAAAUGUUACCAAAAUCUCUUUUUCCUCAUAGUUCCAAAAUUUUACAAGUAUGUGUUGCCUUAACUAAUUUUCAACCUCCACUCCUCAAAGAGGUACAACAUCUUUAUAAUAUAAAACCUUAAAAUUAUAAUAUUUCUAAAUUAUUUUAAAUUCGUUUAUUGCUUUUAACUUUUUAUUUCCUUAAAUAUAAUAAUUUAAAAUAUUUUUCAUAAAUUGAUACUGCUUUCUUUCUUCAUGAAUUCUUGCUUGUAGAUUAAGAAGUUUUUUUAAAAUAUUUUUGUACAUAAACUUUUUGUUUGUAUAUUUUUCUAUAUCUUUAAUAUUAAUAUAUAUGUUUAUUUUUCUAAAACUACUAUUUAAAACCAGUGCAGUUAAUAACCAUUAGUGUUUAAUUUUAUUUAAUUACAUUUAUCUACAAUUUAUUUGGUUCUAAAUUAUAUUUUACAUUAUUAAUC